GCUGAAGUGCUAGUGCCGCGGCGGCGGCGGCAGCGGUGGCGGACGUCUCAGUCCGAGUGCGGGGGGCGCGGGGGGCGUGAGGUUGCGGGCACGCGGAGCUGGGGACUCGGGGAUUGAGGAGCGGCCCAGCCGAGGCCGCAGGAGGCGUGUGGGCGGCCGGGCGGCGGCGCGAUGCCGCUCGCCCAGCUCCAGGAGCCCUGGCCGCUCAUGGAACUGGUGCCGCUGGAUCCGGAGAAUGGCCAGGCCUCAGGGGAAGAAGCUGGACUUCAGCCAUCCAAGGAUGAGGGUGUUCUCAAAGAAAUCUCCAUCACGCACCACGUCAAGGCUGGUUCUGAGAAGGCUGACCCAUCCCAUUUUGAGCUCCUUAAGGUUCUGGGCCAGGGAUCCUUUGGCAAAGUCUUCCUGGUGCGGAAGGUCACCCGACCUGAUAGCGGACAUUUGUAUGCUAUGAAAGUGCUGAAGAAAGCAACACUGAAAGUGCGUGACCGCCUCCGGACCAAGAUGGAGAGAGACAUCCUAGCUGACGUCAACCACCCAUUUGUAGUAAAGCUGCACUAUGCUUUCCAGACCGAGGGCAAGCUUUAUCUCAUUCUGGACUUCCUGCGUGGUGGGGACCUCUUCACACGGCUGUCUAAGGAGGUUAUGUUCACAGAGGAGGAUGUGAAAUUCUACCUGGCUGAGCUGGCUUUGGGCCUGGACCACCUGCACAGUCUUGGCAUCAUCUAUAGAGACCUCAAGCCUGAGAACAUCCUUUUGGAUGAAGAGGGCCACAUUAAACUAACUGACUUUGGCCUGAGCAAGGAGGCCAUUGACCAUGAGAAGAAGGCCUACUCCUUCUGCGGGACAGUAGAGUACAUGGCCCCUGAGGUCGUCAACCGUCAGGGCCACACCCACAGUGCAGACUGGUGGUCCUAUGGGGUGUUGAUGUUUGAGAUGCUGACGGGCUCCCUGCCCUUCCAGGGGAAGGACCGGAAGGAGACCAUGACAAUGAUUCUGAAGGCGAAGCUAGGCAUGCCCCAGUUUCUGAGCACUGAAGCCCAGAGCCUCCUGCGGGCCUUGUUCAAGCGGAAUCCUGCCAACCGGCUCGGCUCCGGCCCUGAUGGUGCAGAGGAGAUCAAGCGGCACGUCUUCUACUCCACCAUUGACUGGAACAAGCUAUACCGUCGCGAGAUCAAGCCACCAUUUAAGCCAGCUGUAGCUCAACCCGAUGACACUUUCUACUUUGACACGGAGUUCACAUCUCGCACGCCAAGGGACUCCCCGGGCAUCCCUCCCAGUGCAGGUGCCCAUCAGCUGUUCCGUGGCUUCAGCUUUGUGGCCACCGGCUUGAUGGAGGACGACGGCAAGCUUCGGAGCAUGCAGGCACCGCUGCACUCAGUGGUACAGCAACUCCAUGGGAAGAACCUGGUGUUUAGUGAUGGCUAUGUGGUGAAAGAGACGAUUGGUGUGGGCUCCUACUCUGUGUGCAACCGCUGUGUGCACAAGGCCACCAACAUGGAGUAUGCUGUCAAGGUCAUUGACAAGAGCAAGCGGGACCCCUCAGAAGAGAUUGAGAUUCUUUUGCGGUAUGGACAGCACCCCAACAUCAUCACCUUAAAAGAUGUUUAUGACGACGGCAAGCAAGUGUAUCUGGUGACAGAGCUGAUGCGAGGCGGGGAGCUGCUGGACAAGAUCCUUCGACAAAAAUUCUUCUCAGAGAGGGAAGCUAGCUUCGUCCUACACACCAUCAGCAAGACUGUGGAGUAUUUGCACUCACAGGGGGUCGUACACAGGGACCUCAAGCCCAGCAACAUCCUAUACGUGGACGAGUCUGGGAACCCUGAGUGCCUGCGCAUCUGUGACUUUGGCUUCGCCAAGCAGCUCCGGGCCGAAAAUGGGCUUCUCAUGACACCCUGCUACACUGCCAACUUUGUGGCCCCUGAGGUGCUGAAGCGCCAAGGCUAUGAUGAAGGCUGCGACAUCUGGAGCCUGGGCGUUCUGCUGUACACCAUGCUGGCAGGAUACACACCAUUUGCCAAUGGGCCCAGUGACACACCAGAGGAGAUCCUGACACGAAUCGGCAGUGGGAAGUUCACCCUCAGUGGGGGAAACUGGAACACUGUGUCAGAAACAGCCAAGGACCUGGUUUCCAAGAUGCUGCACGUGGACCCCCACCAACGCCUCACAGCUAAGCAAGUCCUCCAACACCCCUGGAUCACCCAGAAAGACAAGCUCCCGCAGAGCCAGCUAGCUCACCAGGACCUGCAGCUUGUGAAGGGAGCCAUGGCAGCUACGUACUCCGCACUCAAUAGCUCCAAGCCCACUCCGCAGCUGAAGCCCAUCGAAUCAUCCAUCCUGGCCCAGCGGCGGGUGAGGAAGCUCCCAUCGACCACGCUGUGAGGGGCCGGUGUGUCCAGCCCGCAGGGCGGUGCUCGCUCACUGGAGGCAGCAUACCUACCGGAGGAAGCAGGCCCAAGUCACAGGGCCGAGGGGAGCUGGAGUCCUGAGGGGCCUGAGAAGCAGCCAGCCCAGAUCACCCCCAGUGAGGGUGUGAGAAGUGCCUUCUCCUUCCCCAGGAUGGACUCUUCUCAGCUCAGGCUCUGCUCGUUGAAACUGAUUCAAAAUGCAAACUCUUAUCUUCUUUUAAGGGAAAAAAAAUAUGGCAUCAACCACCAUGGAUUAUUUUUUUACAAGAUCCAUCUGCCUUUCUGGGAGCAGAAGUAGCCAGUGCAGCCCAGAAAGGGCACUGCGUCAUACUCGUGGCUGAUAUCAUCAGAGGACCUUGGUGAGGGUCCCCCACAAUUGGCCAUCCGCAUACAGCUCUUAGGCAGCCCAUCGUCUCCUUCCAGAGCCUUCAGCUGUUUAGAGCUCACUCUGGCCCCAGUCAGCUCCUUUUCCGUUCUGUUCUGGGGGGUCUGGAACUCCACUGUGCUAGAGGAGAAGACUGAGGCCCCACCGACCCCCAGCUCCAGGCACCAGCAUCCGCAUGGGGCCUGCCCCCAGGUCCCCUGCAGUCAGGUUGGGCUGCCCCAAAGGAGGACAGGAAAGCACUUUUUGGUUGACUUCUGUCGGGGUCUGCCACAAAACAGUCCACAGCAGGCCAGUGGGGCUGGCCAAAGGGGACAGUGGCUUUUUGUUUUGGUUUGUUUCCUUUUUUUCCCUCAGCUGGUAACUCAGGGUUCAUCUGUCCAUGGCCUUUCUAAUAAACUUACAGUUGAGUUGAAA